ACAAAUGGUAUUUAAGAUGGCGUCUGAGAGAAACAACAAGAGAGGCAAGGAUCCGAGGAAAUCAUAACAUUCCAUAAGGAUAAAAGUUGUAAAUGACUCCGUAAAAGUAAAAGUCCUAUUCCUCGAAGUUAAUUUAAAUAAUUACAUAAUUAACAAUCGCUGAAUAAAAUAUGGCAAAGUCAGUGCUCAGUUCAGAUACAAUGCCAAAAGCUGGCAGAGUAAAUGAAGUUUGUCGUGAAUGGUUGGUGCAUGAAGACGGAGCUCUUGCCUAUCGUCUCCAAGACGAAGAAAUUAAGGAACAUUAUACUGGAAACAAAAGUCGGAAUGCGCAGGUUAGAGAAGAUUUGCCGAAAGCUCGAGUCGAGCAGGAAUUAGAGGCGAUACGUUAUCACUCGAAGGUUCAGCAACAAGAGGAAAAAGAUGCUGUGGUUGCAAGACAGAUAGCUCUCACCCUUGAACGAGAGGAACAACAAAAGGAUCGUGAACUUCGCGAACGAAUGAGGCUACAACUUCGAAUGGACGAUGAGGUCGCACAAAUGGAAGCCGAACGUGAAAUUCAACGUCGAAUUCAGGAAGAAAAAGAUCAAGAAUUAGCGAGAAAAUUGCAACAAGAGGAAGAGGAGCGAGCAAUUGAUUCCCAGGAUGGACCGGUAAAUAGUCAAUAUCUCCUCGAUCAAAAAAUGGCAAUCGAAGCUCAGGACGCGGAACUUGCACGAAUGCUACAGGAUAAAGAGCGAGCAAAAGCCAGACGUGCUCGUGAGCGUGCUAAACAAAAGAAACUCGAACGACAACAACAAUUACAACAGGAUCAACAACAACAGCCAUCAACACAUAUCGAGGAACAUAACAAUAGUCUCGAAAAAGUACAAAGACCCGACAAGCUGGACUUGUCAAUUCAAAAGGUGAAUCCAGAAAAAAUGAAAACUCGUGCUAAGAAUAAUUAUCAACAGUAUCCCGAUACCGAUCCAGAGGAAAUUCUAGUUCUCGACGAUCCAGAGGAAGAAAUUCCUCAAGUGGCGAACGUCGCUGCUAUGAUUGAUCCCACGUACAAUGGAGGACAACACAGAAAUUCUUCAACUACUUCGAGUAAUACUGUCAGUCCUGUUUUUACACUGCCCACACCAACACAGGAAAUAAUGAUCGACGAUGUUCCAUGUUACAUGCCAAUUCAAGGUCAAAGGCGUAAUCAAAUUCAAUCAUCGCCUCAAACUCAUGAGGAGAAACAAAAGCGACGAGUUAAAGAUGGUUGUAAGCAACAGUAAGUAAAAAAAAGAGGUUAAAAUUUGUUUAAAAAGAAUCUUCUUUCCUUAUUUUCCUAAGGACGAGAAGUUAUUUUUUAUUUUAUUUUAUUAAGAAAGAAAAUUUCUCAAAUUCGAUCCACACUUGCCGAAAGCGAGAAUUCUUUUGAUAUUCGGAGAUUUAAGAGUUAACUUUUUGUCAUCGAACUUCAAAGAAAAAAAAUCUGACACGACUUUAACUUAUCCCAGGCCUCGGAUGAUUUUUUGGACUUUUUUCGACUAUUUGCAAAAAAAGUGUCUUUUUUCGACUUAUGACUUUUUCCCCUUUUCUGAAAUAUUGUCAAUAAAAUAACAUUUUUUGGUAUAACUGACAAUAG